AUCAGUACGCGUGACGUUACGUUGACAGUCGUGUCGAAUUUAUUUAACUAAAUUUUCUACAUUACUCUUGAUUUGUCAUAAUAAUAUAAAUUAAUAAAAUUAAAUUAAAAAUUUUAUCAAUGCACCACACUGAAUAUGAUUACAUUACUUCAAUUCAACUAAUACAUGAUUAUUUAAGGGAUCGUAGAAAGGUCCUUCGGUAAAAGAAUGUUGAGGUGACAUUUCUAGUUCUGCCAUGCGGAACAGGUCAGUUGGUAUUAUUUUUGGAUCUCUUGUCUUAUGGGGUGUGAUUACAUAUUUCUUAUUUCUUGAUCAACCAUCAAGCAAGGAUCACGGAAAGCAAUAUAAAAUUUCCAAACAAAUUACCAAAUUGGAAGAAAGACUAAAACAUCAAAUUGCAAUAAAUCAUGAAUUUUUUCAAAAUUUUGAAGAAACUCGUAAAAAGUUAAAAGAAAAAUUUUCUAUUGCUCGUCCAGAAAUAACCAUUCCAAAUAUUAAUCAAUUACAUAAAAUUAAUGUUGAAAAAGUCUUUGAAAAAAAUGUUGAUACAGAGAAACGGACAGAUUCUAAGGAUUUUCAAUAUUCUACAAAGACAGAAGAAAUAAUGAAAUUAAAAAAAUCUUUACCUAACGGAGAUCCAAUAAUAGCUGUACUGGUCUUUUCAUGCAAUCGCAUUACAGUUCAAAGAUGUUUGGAUCAAUUGAUAAAAUUAAGACCUAGUGCAUUGCAAUUUCCAAUCGUCGUGUCACAAGAUUGCGAACACGAACAAACUGCAGAAGUUAUUGCUAAAUAUGGAGAUCAAAUAUUGCACAUUCGGCAACCUGACCAAUCAGAUAUAGACAUUCCUCCUAAAGAGAAGAAGUUCAAAGGAUAUUUUAAAAUUGCGCGCCAUUAUGGAUGGGCAUUAAAUCAAAUAUUUUUUGAGCUCGGAUAUGAAACAGCAAUUGUGGUAGAAGACGAUUUGGACAUAGCUCCUGAUUUUUUUGAGUACUUUUUGGGUACUUAUCCUUUGCUAGUAUCUGAUCGUUCCUUAUGGUGUGUCUCGGCAUGGAACGAUAAUGGUAAAUCUGGUCUGGUGGAUGAGCAUGCACCACACUUAUUAUAUAGGACAGAUUUUUUUCCUGGUUUAGGCUGGAUGUUAACUCGCCAGUUAUGGCAAGAGCUUGCACCUAAAUGGCCCAAAUCGUAUUGGGAUGACUGGAUAAGACAACCAGAACAACGGAAAAAUAGAGCCUGCAUUCGGCCAGAAAUAUCGAGAACAAGAACUUUUGGGAAAAUUGGAGUUAGCAAUGGAUUAUUCUUUGAAAAACAUUUGAAAUUUAUCAAGCUGAACGAAAAACCUGUGCCUUUUACGAAGAUGAAUUUAACCUACUUGCUGAAAGAUAAUUAUGAUGUAUCUUUUAUGAAUGAAGUAUAUAACUCUAAGGUGAUUACUUAUUCAGAAUUAAAACAUGGACAUGCAACAACACCAAGUCCUGUUAGAAUAUUAUAUUAUUCACGACAGUUGUAUAAAAAUACCGCAAAAAUGCUUGGUUUAAUGGAUGAUUUUAAGAGUGGCGUACCAAGAACCGGAUAUCGAGGUGUUGUUACAUUUUUCUACAAUGGUAGAAGAGUUCAUUUGGCACCAGCUAUGAAUUGGAACGGUUAUGAUAUAACAUGGAGCUAACACAUAAUAGAUCAUUAUGAUUUGUAGAUUCUACAAAUAUCAUAAGGAUCUAUCCUUAUCAUUUUAAUAGACUGAAUGAACAUAUGAGUCACAAGGGAUUAACAAUAAGUCUAUAAUACCAAAUACUUAUUAAAUAAACAGCAAGAGCAGAGCUUCCAAUGCGUGCACAUCGUUUCUCUUAUGAAGUCUGAAACUACUAUUCAUUUCAUGAUGCUUUAUGAUGAAAACAAAACUAGUUUAAUUUAGAGAAAGAGAAA